GUUUGAGGCGACGAACCCGUUCAACCUGGUUUGCGUAUUUCUAACCUGCACACUCUUUUUUUCAUUGCUUUCGUAGGAGCGGCUGGGUCAACUUUGGUGAGAAGGUGCAAUGGUUUUUGCAGGUAGCCUUCGGGCGAAUACCGCGUCUUGCGCUAAGCAAUUACGCUCAAGUCAUACUCGGACAUUGCACACAACCGCUCCACGUGCAUCACAAAGCUUGGGUACUCAGAUAGCUGCCAGGUUAGCAAGUCAAAGACAGUUUUCGACUUCCCUCGUUACCCAGGCUCGGUCGUCACCCCUUCUAUCUUCUCCACGCUGGCCAGGCAAUAAACCCCCGCCUCCAGCUCCUUCAGAGCCUGAGAAUGACGCGGCAGAUUCGAGUAGCGAGUCUGUCAAGCUUGAAAGCGCAGAUGAUGAAAGUCCCGCAGGCUCUUCUGGCCAGUCAUCACCCCCACCGUCUUCCUCCUCCGGCGGAGAUAGUAGCGACGGUUCCGAUCCACCAUCUCCAUCUCCACAACCGACACCUACUCCCAGUUCAAUAGCCAAACAAUCCGUACCAGAAGUCUACCCCCAGGUUCUUGCUCUACCCAUCGCACGACGUCCCCUCUUUCCCGGUUUUUACAAGGCUGUCGUCGUUCGCAAUCCAGCUGUCGUUGCCGCAAUCAAGGAGAUGAUGAAGCGUGGUCAACCAUAUCUCGGCGCUUUCUUGCUAAAGGACGAGCAUACCGAUAGCGAUGUCAUUACCGAUAUUAAUUCCGUUCAUCCGGUCGGCGUCUUUGCACAGAUCACUAGCGUGUUUGCUGCCAACAGUGGUACUGGUGACGACAAGGAAGAGGGUCUCACUGCUGUUUUGUAUCCGCACCGUAGAAUCAAGAUAACGGAGCUAGUCAAGGCUGGUGAACACACUAGUACUGCCAACGUACAGGAAGAGACACAAACGGUUACCCCUCCUCCCUCGCCAUCCCCCACUGAAGAUGAUGUUGCCAAGAUACUGCCAGGUCCUGUGCAAACCUCGUUCCUGCACAAGCACGCUAUUUCCAUCGUUCACGUAGACAACCUCGUAACACAACCCUACAACAAAGACGACCAGUACAUCCGCGCCUUUAUGUCUGAAAUUGUCUCCGUCUUCAAGGACAUCGCCCAGCUCAACCCUCUCUUCCGCGACCAGAUCACCAACUUCUCUAUCAAUCAAGUUGCAUCCAAUGUGUUUGACGAGCCAGACAAGCUUGCAGACUUUGCAGCAGCUGUAUCCUCUGGUGAAGUUGGAGAACUUCAGGACGUGCUCGAGAGUCUCGUCGUCGAUGACCGUCUCCGCAAGGCCCUCCUCGUUCUCAAGAAAGAACUCAUUAAUGCCCAGCUCCAGAGUAAACUCUCACGUGACGUCGACAGCAAGAUUGCCAAGCGUCAGCGCGAGUACUACCUGAUGGAACAGCUCAAGGGAAUAAAAAAGGAGCUUGGUAUGGAGUCAGACGGCAAGGACAAACUUAUUGAGAAAUUCAAGGAGCGUGCCGCUUCGUUGAAGAUGCCAGAUGGUGUCCGGAAGGUCUUUGACGAGGAACUCAACAAAUUGAUGGGACUGGAACCUGCUGCUUCGGAAGCGAACGUGACGCGUAAUUACCUCGAAUGGCUUACUCAGAUACCAUGGGGCCAGCACACCCCUGAGAACUACUCCAUCACGCACGCCCAGAAAGUCCUCGAUGAAGACCAUUACGGUCUGAAAGACGUCAAAGACCGCAUCCUGGAAUUUCUUGCUGUGGGUAAGCUUCGAGGCACAGUCGAAGGCAAGAUCAUUUGCCUUGUCGGGCCUCCUGGCGUUGGCAAGACCUCUAUUGGCAAAUCCAUCGCCCGUGCACUUAAUAGGCAAUUCUUCCGCUUCUCAGUGGGCGGUUUGACGGAUGUGGCAGAGAUCAAGGGCCAUCGGAGGACGUAUGUCGGUGCGCUUCCUGGAAAGAUCAUCCAGGCGCUCAAGAGGGUGGGGACAGAGAAUCCUUUGGUUUUGAUUGAUGAGGUGGAUAAGAUUGGGAGAGGGAUUAAUGGCGAUCCUGCUACUAACAACCUUGACACAAUCCCAGCACCUCUCCUCGACCGCAUGGAAGUCCUUGAAGUCAGCGGUUAUGUCUCCGAAGAGAAAUGCGUUAUUGCCGAAAAGUACCUCGGACCACAGGCAAGGGAAGCAUCAGGCCUCAAGGAUGCUGACGUCCUCAUCGAACCUUCCACUGUCGAUGUCCUCAUCAAGUAUUACUGCCGAGAAAGCGGUGUGCGGAAUCUGAAGAAGCAUAUUGACAAGAUUUACCGGAAGGCUGCGCUGAAGCUCAUCCUCGACCUUGGCGAGACGGUGUUCCCUGAACCAGUCUUGGUUGCGUCUACUAGCGCGCCCGCCUCGUCCACUUCCUCAGAUCCUCAGGCCAAGACUAUCGAGUCUCAAGAACCGCCCGCCAACGAGUCAAAUGAAGUCACAUCAGAGGAAAGUCAAAGCAAGGAAUCUGGUGACCGCAAAGCUGUAACGACACAAGAGCGCCAGCCACUCAAGAUCCCUGACGACAUCCACGUUCGCAUCACGCCAGACAACCUGAAAGACUACGUCGGUCCCCCUGUCUACCACAAAGACAGGAUGUACGUGUCUCCUCCACCACCAGGCGUCAGUACUGGUCUAGGAUACUUGGGCAAUGGGUCGGGCGCUGUCAUGCCUGUCGAGGCUACCAGUAUGCCUGGUAAGGGAGGAUUGCAGCUGACUGGUAAAUUGGGCGAGGUUAUCCGCGAGAGUGCGCAGAUUGGGCUUAGUUGGGUGAAGGCGCAUGCAUACGAGCUUGGGAUUACCAAGACGCCUGAUGAACAAUUCCUCACGGAUCGGGAUAUCCAUGUCCAUAUGCCUGAGGGGAGUAUCGGGAAAGAAGGUCCUAGUGCUGGGACUGCUAUCCUAUCUGCCUUUGUGUCUCUCUUUACCAAGACGAAGAUCCAUCCAGACAUCGCGAUGACUGGCGAGAUAUCGCUCGUCGGCCAAGUGCUCCCGGUCGGCGGUCUCAAGGAGAAGAUCCUAGCUGCCCAUCGCGCAGGGAUAAAGACAAUCCUAGCACCCGCAGCCAACCGCGCCGACAUCGAGGAGAACGUCCCAGAGAGCGUCAAGACAGGCAUCCGCUUCGUAUACGUUGAAGACGUCCGGGAGGUCCUUCAUGAGGUGUUCCGAGGCUGAGGAGAUUGUUGAGCGGUGGAAGGAUACGUUAUCGAUAUAGUUUUUGUUUUGGAUUCUUUGCUGCAUCAUUACUUACUUAUUCUAUUUCGUGAGAUUGACGAGAGGCUGGUUGAUUACUUGCUUUGAUGUUUGAAUCGCGCAUUUGCAUAACUAGAGUUGACUACACAAUGGCUGUAUUUUACACGAUACUAAACCCUACUCAUCGCACGAAUUUUUUGCUUUGGUUCCACAGUUG